ACGUAUAUGUGGGAGAUGAUCAUGCCUCAUAUAUAGCACUAUGCCUCCUAAUUGUUCGUAGCUUGAUUAGAUCAACUUUCAGUAGUCAUUUACGCCUUAGUCGCCUCUAUCUUCUUAUCCCCCACUGACUGGAUCUUGGUGAAAACUGGAUAUGGUGCUAUUAUUAUCCAGCACAACUAAUAUCCAGCACAGCAAGAGGGGGAUCUACUCUUUUUUUUCUUUUUCUUUUUCUUUUUAAUUCCUUUAGCAAUUACUUGUGUUUAAAUACGAAGAUAGCUCGUCAGUUUUUAUUUCAUUUAUCUAAACAAACUGCCUCCACAGGCAUGAACCUUGUUGGCAAUUCAUUAGGAAAGCCUAGUUUGUAUGAUUUUUCUUGUUUCCGUCUAAAAGGGUAACUGCGUGUGAUUUGAUACUGAUAGCAGGGAUCUGUAGCUAAGCUAGUCACUUAGUUCCUAUUACUUCCGUUGCUGCACUUGACUUUAGCCUGUACUAGGAAAAGUAAUAUUAGUUUGGAGCAAUGGCAGGAGGUUUCGUCGAUGCAGGAAAUCUUAAGAGAGCUCAUCUUUAUGAGUACAAGAUAACUGGUUAUUUCAUUUUUGCUUGCAUCGUUGCAGCAUUAGGAGGAUCACUUUUUGGAUAUGAUCUUGGUGUUUCAGGUGGAGUCACUUCCAUGGAUGAUUUCUUGGUAGAAUUCUUCCCAGAUGUUUACAGAAGGAAGCACGCACAUCUCCGCGAGACAGAUUACUGCAAAUAUGAUGACCAAGUUUUGACUCUCUUUACAUCCUCGUUGUACUUUGCGGCCCUCGUUAGCACAUUCGGGGCCUCCUAUGUAACAAGAAGCCGAGGUAGGAGGGCUAGCAUCCUUGUUGGAGCUGUCAGCUUCUUUACAGGAGCACUUGUCAACGCUUUUGCAAAGAACAUUACAAUGCUGAUCAUAGGACGAUGCUUUCUUGGUGCGGGCAUUGGAUUCAGCAACCAAGCUGUUCCCUUGUACCUAUCAGAAAUGGCUCCGGCAAAAGUCCGAGGUGCAGUUAAUCAACUUUUUCAACUGACAACCUGCUUAGGAAUCCUAGUAGCAAACUUCAUUAAUUAUGGAACCGAAAAGAUUCAUCCAUGGGGAUGGAGGCUAUCUCUUGGCUUAGCUACAGUUCCUGCAACUAUAAUGUUUGUUGGUGGUAUUUUCCUACCUGAGACCCCUAACAGUCUUGUAGAACAAGGAAAACUAGAGGAAGCCAGAAGAGUAUUGGAGAAAGUUAGAGGCACAACGCGGGUUGAUGCUGAGUUUGCUGAUCUUGUUGAUGCAAGUAAUGAAGCAAGAGCCAUAAAGCAUCCUUUCAGGAAUCUUCUUGCGAGGAAGAACCGACCCCAGUUCAUAAUUGGGGCCUUGGCGAUCCCUGCAUUUCAACAACUCACUGGCAUGAACUCCAUACUCUUCUACGCUCCCGUCUUAUUUCAGAGCUUGGGUUUUAGCAACGACGCAUCUCUAUUUUCAUCUGUGAUAACCAAUGCAGCACUUGUUGUUGGUGCACUCAUUUCAAUGGCUUUAGUAGACAAAUUUGGCAGAAGAGCUUUCUUCUUGGAAGCCGGGACUGAAAUGUUCUUCGUCAUGAUUGCUGUGACCAUAACUUUGGCCUUGAAGUUCGGAGAAGGAAAGCCAAUCCCCAAAGGAAUUGGCAUCUUCCUUGUGAUUGCCAUUUGUUUGUUUGUCCUGGCUUAUGGAAGGUCAUGGGGUCCUCUUGGAUGGCUUGUUCCAAGUGAGCUCUUCCCCUUGGAGAUGAGGUCUGCUGGUCAGAGUGUGGUGGUCUGCGUCAACAUGAUCUUCACAGCUUUGAUAGCACAGUGUUUCCUUAUCUCACUCUGUCACCUUAAAUAUGGAAUUUUCUUGCUGUUCGGUGGUUUAAUUUUCAUCAUGAGUGCCUUCAUCUUCUUCUUCCUGCCAGAAACAAAGCAAGUACCGAUUGAGGAGGUGUAUCUUCUCUGGCAAAACCACUGGUUCUGGAAGAGGAUAGUGGGAACCGGGCCUUCGUCAGCAUCACAAGUAUAGAUAAUAAUCUGCUGGAAUAUGGAAAACAUAGUUGCUGUUAUGGAUUAUGUUCUACAAGGACUCUGCAAUGUCUGUAAGAGUACAUUAUCAAUUUCACAAGCCCUGUCAGUUUCAAAAAAGGAAUACGUUAUGCAUUUGAUGAUGUUUGAAAUCCAUUACGCUCAGAAUUAGAAAUAUGAUUUUUUUGGUGAUUGGAUAA